AUGGCUCUUGUUUUGGUGUCUGUCGCAUGCUACGCUCGUGCUCAAGGAUACGAAUUUCGAAUAGUAUUCUCAUCGAAUUAUUCGAAACAAUGUCCGCAUAAAGAUGUCUAUCUACGACGUCAUUGUGUAGUUGCACAUGUUCUGCCGGAAUACCAUACUAUUUUAUAUAUAGACGCUGAUAUGGGAGUUGUGAAUCCAAAGAAAAGAAUUGAGGAAUACAUGGAUGAUUCCGUUGAAAUAUCUUUUUUCGAUCGAUUCUAUAACUGGGAAGUUGCCGCUGGUUCAUAUAUAGUCAGGAAUACCGAAUGGACGCAGAAAUUCCUCAAAGGUUUUGCCGAUUAUGAAUUUCGUUUACCAAGAUAUUAUCAUGGUACAGAUAAUGGAGCUUUACAUGCUUUCCUCGGUGAAAUACUUUUCGGGAAGAGCCGGAGGACAGAACUAGCAUUUUGUCUUCACAUUUAUUAUAAUUUGGGCAGUUACGAGGAUUUGUUCACGUUCGAGGCGUGUAUUCGUCAAAUGCUUGGAAUGCAUUCAAAUAUGGGAAAAAUUAAGAUUUUCAAGAAAGGAACCGCAUGGGUACGGGAUAACUGGAUGACAAAUAGUAAAUGGUCGCCGAGUAGAGAUUUUAUGAUGCACAAUUGGAAGAUAACGCAACUAAGGAAAUAUACAGAAUAUGACCUACCUAUUUCGUUACAUGGUCCAUCAAAAGGUGAAUGGUUUAUUCCAUUUAAAGGACAUCUUCAUCUUAAUUUAUGCACACCAGGGAAUAUUACAUGGAAUUACGAUCAGAAUCUCAUAGAUACACAAAAAAGGAUUGAUGCAAAAUUAGAAACUCUUUACGCUCAAAUUGAUAAAGAUCGUAUUAGAAGCAUGGCAAGGAUGGUGGACUUCCUUUAA